UGCGUUAUCCAACGCAUUACCUCUCCAUUACCGUUCCCAUCUCCUCUCUCUCUCUCUCUCUCUCUCUCUCUCUCUCAUGGCUCGCCUCCUCUCGCAAACCCUAGUCCGCGACCCCGUCCACGCCCUCGCCCGCCUCCCCUCCGCCGCCUCCGUCCUCGUCGGCGGCCGCCGCGGCCGCUCGAGCCGCCCCGAGAAGGUGGAGCUCGUCGAGGUGGAGAUAGAGGCUGAGUCGCCGGAGACGGAGCUCCUCGGCGCGCGGCGCCUCGAGGAGGCGAUCCACCGCGUCCUCGCGCGGCGAUCCGCCCCCGAGUGGCUCCCCUUCGUCCCCGGCGCCUCUUACUGGGUCCCGCCACCGCGGCCGCUGGGGCGGGGGCGGCGGAGGCGGGGCCGGGCCCUCGGCCUCGUCGAGAUCGUUGGCGCCCACGUUUUUAGCCCCAUGACGGAGGAGGAGGAGCUCUCCUUCACCACCGCGCGGGGAUGGCCCUCGUCCGAGUACUUCGUGGAAGGUGUGUCUCCACAUACAGUGAAGAGCAGGCCAGAAGUUGUCACAAUUCUAAGCGAUGAUGAAGAAAGUUGAGUGCUUUUCCAGCGGAACAAUGGAACAUGGAGCUCUUUCGCACGUGGAUCGGAAUGCUUACGUCGCUGUCCGGCUGGCGCAGUUUGUACAUAAGAAGAAGGUUGAUGUAGCUUAACUUUGCUAUUAAGAUCAAAUGCUGCGAUGUAUCAUCCGUUGUAAUAACGAUGAAAAUUUAUAAAAUAACGAAGUUGUUAUAAUCGAUUCAGGAGGGACUUAACGGCGGUAAUGUUUCAGUUACAAACAUAAUUUUACAGAAGGGGUUGCAUUUUAUCGGUUCGUUGAAACCUGUGAUUAUGCACAAAGUUUGUAAUAGUUUGCGAACACAGCAGCUUUCGCCUACAUACAUGGCUUCUGCUUUUCGUGUUGCGAAAACAGCUUAAGCUGCUGCGGAAUUUUUUUUUUUAUUUUUUUUCCUGUGAUGAUGAUGUGAAUUGUUGGUCCAUUAUAUUCAAAAGCAAAUGAGUAAAGAUUUAUGAGAAUGGGACUCUUGA